AGUUUUCAUUGUAAUUUUACAUGUAAAAUGUACUGUUAUUGGAAAAUUAUUGUUUGUAGGUGUACUACUCUGUAGCCGUACAUUUACUCAGGCGGUGCUGACACUCCGUAGGGCUUAUCAAGCCGUUGUCCGCUUGGCGUUUCUAUCACUACAGCUUCGGACCUCGUCCGCAGGCCACGCAGUCUCUCCCUGCAUUUAUUUACUCACGUUCCAAACGCCACGCCAACAAUUAUUUAAAUCAGAUAAAAUCAGCGUACAAUGUGGUUCAGUCUUGUUCCUUUAGUGGGUUUGUUAUCGCUUAUUGUUCUGCUUGCGGGUUUUCACUACCUUUCAAAUGGAAGAAAAUACUGGCUACAAAGGAAAGUACUUUACGAAGAACCGUGUCCUAUUUUCGGGAACUUCGGCGCUGCUCUGACAUCGCGGCGCAGCUAUGCAAAAAUGUUAAAAUAUUUAUAUGAGAAGUAUAAAAACGAAAAAUAUGUCGGCAUUUUCCAAGCGCGCCGACCCACACUGAUGGUGCUGGAUAUGGAUAUAGCGAAGACUAUAUUUUCAACAGAUUUUGCUUGUUUUAGUGACCUGAGAAUAUCGUCAACGGAUACCAAGCGAGAGCCUCUAUUAAGAAAUGUGAUAAAUAUGAGAGGUACAGAGUGGAAGGCGAUGCGGCAAAUUAUUAGUCCCACGUUCUCUUCAGCAAAAAUGAAAGGGAUGUUCCCGCUUAUAUCAGAAUGCGCCCACAACCUCAGGAAUGUCUUGCUUAAUUCUCUCGGAGAGGUCGAGGUCCCUGAAGUAAUGUGCCGCUACACGACAGACGUCGUAGGAAGUUGCGCAUUUGGUGUCGACCCCGGAUCGCUGAAAAAUCCUGAAUCUCCCUUCUUCAUAAUGACAAAGAAAAUGUAUAGAGUAGACCGUGCCACGAUUCUGAAACGCUACUGUCGGACGUUUUCCCCUAGAUUGUUCAAAUUGCUGAAUUUGAGGAGUUAUCCUCCAGACGUUGAAGUGUUUUUCACGUCCGCCAUAAGCCAGGUGCUCAAUGAGAGACGCUCCGGCGUCCAAAGAAAUGAUUAUCUACAAUUGAUGCUGAAUGUUCAGGAGACUGAAAAAGAGUUCGAAAUGACAGAUGCCCUUAUUACAUCGAAUUCGUUUACAUUCAUGUUGGCGGGGCUUGAAACGUCUUCAACUACAUUAUCGUUUUGUUUGUAUCAGUUGGCUAAGGACAAAGAGGUACAGGAUCGGGUUAGGGAAGAGAUAAAGGAAUGUAUGGAAACGCACGGCGGUUUGAAUUUUGAGGCGGUAACCGCUAUGAAGCUUACUGCUCAAGCGGUUACUGAGACGCUGCGCAUGCACCCACCGGCACCAAUGGUCACUCGUCUCUGCACCUCACCUUGUGUGCUCACUGGCACUGACUUGAAAUUUGAGCUCAGAAACUCAGUGCUGAUCCCUAUCCAGUGCAUGCAACGCGAUGCCCGAUAUUUCUCGAACCCUGAAAAGUAUGACCCAGAACGAUUUAACGACCCUAAGACACCAGCUAUUUUCGCUUUCGGUAGCGGUCCGAGAAGUUGUCCCGGGGGUCGUUUCGCUUACCUGGCGGUGGUGGCGGGGCUCGCGGCUAUGCUGAGCAGGAUGGAGGUGGCGCCGAGCGCGCGAACUACUCCACGUAUUGAAUACGACCCCAGGAGUUUCAUACUCAAAAACAAGGGCGGCAUAUAUCUUGAAUUCAAAGCUUUAUAAAUAAUACCGUCUAAUAUUAAUUCUGAUAGAUGAGGUAUUUUUACAAUGUAUCUAUGUUUCACGGAGUGGGAUGGUUAUGGCAAGUAAGCAUUCCCGUUGUUAUCCCGGCCGAUUCACUCUUUGCACAGACUAUGAUCAAUUUAGUUUUAUGUGCAGCUCAUAAAAUACGGCGUUGCGUGAACAAAAGAUUUCAUUUGGCAGGAUUCGUCCUUAGAACCCAAGGAUGGAUUUAAGAAGUGCAGCCACCAAGAUUUUUGAUGUAAUUUUUUAAGUGGGGGCUCUCAACUUUAUCUUUAUAUAUAUAUCAUUUAAGCUACUAGCUAGGCCAAGUUUGGUAUCGUUUUCGUAUCAAUCGGGGUUGCUGAAUUUAUUUAUGGUAUCAUAUUACCACCAUUCCGAAGUAAAAACAUAAAAAGUAAUUUUUUAAUUCCUCGUCACGCUAAAAUCGUUGAACUAAUUAUAAUUAAGUUAAAAUUUGGUAUAGAGAUAGUUUGAGUCCCGGGGAAGAACAUAGGAUAGUUUUUAUCCCAAAAAUCCCUUAAAACUGAGAAGGGAUUGUAUGAUGAACCAAUAACUGCUCAACCGAUUUAGAUGAAAUCUACGACUACAUCUGGGUUAUUUUCACUAGUUACCACCAAGUUGUUAACAGUGGUAACUACUGGGUUUUUUUCCCCACUGGUAACUACUGGAAAAAAAAAUGACCACUAUAGUUACCACCAACUCGGUUUGGUGGUAACUACAGGGAUUUUUAUUUCCCAAUAGUUACCAUUAAAAUAUUGUUACAGUUCAAUAUUAAUAAAACAGUAGAAAUAGUAUAGUAUAAAUGUAGAGUGCUUCAAUAAAUAAUUAUACGAGUAAGU